GGGCGGGAUGGAGGCAGGGGUGCCACCUCCUCUGCAACGCCGGGACCGGAGUGUUAGAACCGAGGGCCCGCAGGGGUCCCUGCGGCCGCCGAGAUGCAGAAAUACGAGAAACUGGAGAAGAUUGGAGAAGGCACGUAUGGAACAGUGUUCAAGGCCAAAAACCGGGAGACUCAUGAGAUUGUGGCGCUGAAACGGGUGAGGCUGGAUGACGAUGAUGAGGGUGUUCCGAGUUCUGCCCUCCGGGAGAUCUGCCUACUCAAGGAGCUGAAGCACAAGAACAUUGUCAGGCUUCAUGAUGUCCUGCAUAGUGACAAGAAGCUGACUUUGGUUUUCGAGUUCUGUGACCAGGACCUGAAGAAGUAUUUUGACAGCUGCAAUGGUGACCUGGACCCUGAGAUUGUGAAGUCAUUCCUCUUCCAGCUGCUAAAAGGCUUGGGAUUCUGUCACAGCCGCAACGUGCUGCACAGGGACCUAAAGCCCCAGAACCUGCUAAUAAACAGGAACGGGGAACUGAAGUUGGCUGACUUUGGCCUUGCUCGAGCCUUCGGGAUCCCCGUUCGCUGUUACUCAGCUGAGGUGGUCACGCUGUGGUACCGCCCACCAGACGUCCUCUUUGGGGCCAAACUGUACUCCACCUCUAUUGACAUGUGGUCAGCCGGCUGCAUCUUUGCAGAGCUGGCCAACGCUGGGCGGCCUCUUUUCCCUGGCAAUGAUGUCGAUGACCAGCUGAAAAGGAUCUUCCGAUAUCCUUCCAUUUCCCUUCCUCUCAAACCCUCUGGAAGGGGACCGACCUGUGGAACAUGCCCUACAGGGGCAGCCUGCAUAUCCCCAUGCCCCUGGUCUGCUUCUCCCUGCCUCUCCACAGCCCUACCCAAUGUACCCAGCUACAACAUCGCUGGUGAAUGUCGUGCCCAAGCUCAAUGCCACAGGGAGGGACCUGCUGCAGAACCUUCUGAAGUGUAACCCUGUGCAGCGCAUCUCAGCAGAAGAGGCCCUGCAGCACCCCUACUUCUCUGACUUCUGCCCCCCCUAGGCACCAGGACUGCUGGCCACCAGGCUGGGGUCUGGCCUUGUUUGAGCCCCCUCCUGGGAGGGGCGGGCCAGUGGGGAUGAAGGUCAGAUGCUGAGUUCCAGCUGUGCUGGGCCUGGCCAGGGUGGAGGUGCCUGAGCUCAUGUUCGUCACUCCCUCUGUGGACUUUAUUUAAUUUCAUAAAUUGGCUCCUUUCCCACAGUC